AGAUCUAUGUUUUAUAAUCAAUAUAUAAAUGAUUAUAAUAUAAAUGAAAAUUUUGAAAAAUAUCAAAAUAUAUUGAAUGAAAUAUAUAAUGGAUUUAAUGAAUCAUAUAAUAUUAUUAAUACUAAAAUGAGUGAAAUUAUAAAUGAUAAUUUAGAUUAUAAUGAAGUAAAAGCAAUUAAAGAAGUAGCACAAAUUGAAUAUGAUAAACUUAAUAAAAAAGUUGAUGAUUUAAAAAAGUAUUUUAAUAAUAUUAAAGAACAAGAAAUGCAUCGAUUAAUUGAUUAUAUAAAAGAAAAAAUAUUUAAAUUAUAUAUAAAAUGUUCAGAACAACGAAAUAUAAUAGAAGAUUCUUAUAAUUAUAUUACAGUUAAAAAACAGUACAUUAGAAAUACUGAAGAUGUGAAAUUUUUAUUAGAUUCAUUGAACACAAUAGAGAAAAAAAAUAAAUCAGUAGAAAAUCUAGAAAUUUGUGCUAAUAAAGAAGAUAUAAAAAAUUUAUUUAAACAUGUUAUAAAGUUGGCAAAUUUUUCAGGUAUUAUUAUAAUUUCUGAUACAAAAACAGAAAUAACUCCAGAAAAUCCUUUAGAAGAUAAUG